UGUAACAAAUCGCUGAAAAUUCAGCAUGAUAAAAAAUCCUUUUGUCAAAUAAAGCAUAAUUUCUGCUGAUAAAAGCAAUAAAUUGAAAUAAAUAUGGCUGCAGAAAGUAGAAGAUGUACUGCUUCGCAGUUCUUUCAGGACGAAGAAGCAGCAACUUUAGAGGGAAUGAGCAUAUAUGACCGGGUGGUUGAUCUCCUCAAUCAAGCCUCACUGAUGCAAAAGGAUGCACAGAAGUUGAACAACUUGAAACAGGUGCAAGAGUUGAUAAUCAGAAAAGAUCCAAACUUAUUAGACAACUUCUUAGAUGAGAUGCUAGCAUUCCAGACUGACAAAUCUGUAGAUGUUAAGAAGUUUAUUGUAUGCUUUAUGGAGGAAGCAUGCAAAGUUGAUAAUGAAGUACUUUAUAAAGUGAUCGGUAAUCUAAACAUGUUGUUAGAGGAUGAGAAUGUGAACGUCCAGAAAAGGGUGAUCUUGUCAAUGACGCAGCUCUAUAAGAUCGCUCUUCAGUGGGUGGUAAGAUCUAAAGCAGUCUCUGACCUGAUGAUUCAGACAUGGCACUACAUCUGUAAGAUGAAGGACAAGAUAAUUUCAAUGUUGGAAUCUGAAAAUGAUGGAAUUCGAACGCAUGCUGUUAAAUUUGUAGAAACAGUGAUAAUCACCUUAUCAGAAAAAACAGAGGAUUCUGAUGUGCCCCAAAAAUAUGAAAACAACAUAAGUUUAGAUCAAAUACCACCUGAUCAUCGGACUAUUGACAUCAAGAAAAUGGAGAGGGAGGGUGUCAAAGCAUUUGAGACCUUGUUAGACUUUGAAGCCUCGGCCCAUAUAUCAAGUGUAAAUCUCAUCACCACCAUGAGUUCCUUGACAAUGAUAGGCAAGCAGAGACCCCAAUUUAUUGCAAAGGUCAUACAAGGAUUUGAAUCUUUACAUGUGAACCUGCCUCCAACUCUGGCCAAGUCUCAGGUGAGCAGUGUCAGGAAGAACCUCAAGAUGCAGCUCCUCCAGUUAUUGAAACACCCAGGUUCAUAUGACUUCAGGACACAUAUUACAACAUUACUUACGGAUCUUGGGGCAACCAAUGCUGAGGUCAUGAAAGCUCUGCCAAAGGUUGACGAACGGAAAAGAAAAAUGGAUGAUCAGGAACCGUCUUCGUCAAAUGCCAACAAAAAACAGAAAGUGGACGUGCCACCUUCUGCUAUGGAUGAUGAAGAUAUCGUUCCCAUAUCGCAGAGUAAAUCUAAGCAACCUGAAUCAAAGAUAGAGAUCAAACAAGUCAAGCUCUCUCCUAUUGAUGUGACAACAGAGGACAUCAUGCCAAAGCUGACACCUGAAAAUGUGGCUGAUCUUGUUCUAGUUAGCAUGGUAAUGUUGCCAGAAACGAUGCCUCCAACUUUCCAGGCUACAUACACACCUAUUGCAGCUGCCGGUACCGAUGGUCAGAUCAGUCACAUGGCCAGGCUUUUGGCCAAUCAGUUCCAUGCUGUUGGAUUGGGGAAGGGCACGGAGCUGGCCAGUAAAGAAGAGGCUGUCCAGGAUGCUUACGAUGAGGAGGAGGAGGAUGUUGCCAGACAAUCUUCUAUACAGACACUCGUUGGGGGUUCUAUCCACCGUGUUGACAAGCCAGAGGCCCGAUUACCCGUAUCCUCAUCUCAGAGCACUUCAUCCAGGAAAGGCAUCAAGCAGUUCAAACUCUCCUUAGUAACAAGACCCAUGGAUCCAGCAAUGAGGGAAGAGUUUGCCCUCGAUGCUUAUCAGCGGAUCCUUGCUGCUGAAAAGAACUGUGGUGUUGGGAAUGCCAGUAUGGUUAGAUCGAAAGUUCUUAGUAGUCUCGCUGCCAUGAUGGGACUAAGGUUCAAGGAAGCCUUGCUGGACUACAUAUUUGCUGAUUUACGGAAUCGUACAGAUCUUGCAUUUGAUUGGCUGUAUCAAGAAUACUCCAACAGACAAGGUUACAUUAUUCAGUCAGUCGAUCCGAAUUGGCAAAAGAUCACGAGUUACGAUGAAUGUCUGACUCGUCUGCUGAGUGGACUCCUUGAAAGGCCUGAUCAGAGAGAGGGGUUAUUCAGUAGACUGCUUCUUGAAGCACCGAGGUUAACAGCAAAUGCCAUUGGAGUGUUAAAGCAGUACUGCCAAGAUGAGACUCGUAUAUACCUGGGAAUGUCCACACUUAAGGAAUUGAUAUUGAAAAGACCAACUCACAAGGUGGAGCUCCUUAACCUGUUACUCGAAUUCGCAGCAAAUGAAAACCCUGAGGUGCGAAACAAUGCGAUGAGAAUGAUUAAAGUUCUGCAUGAGAGGCAGGAGAUGGAAUCAUUUAUUGAGAGACAUGCUCAAAUGCUUCUGAAAGAUUUACUCAUGCCUGCUCCUACUGCCGAAAUUUUCCACAAGCGUUCAUCAGGGAUGGAGACACAAGAUGCCUGGACAGAAGAGUCAAUCAAAAUAUGCCUUUAUCUUUACCUUGGCUUGAUGCCUAUCAAUCAUAAAUUAAUACACGAAUUAGCUGCAAUCUAUACGUCAACGUCUGCUGAUGUGAAGCGCAUCAUCCUGCGUGUGCUUGAAGCUCCCGUCAAGGGGAUGGGGAUGGACUCACCCGAACUCCUCCUCCUUGUGGAGAACUGUCCUAAAGGUGCUGAGACAUUAGUCACAAGGAUUAUUCAUAUUCUCACGGACAAAGCUGUGCCAUCGCCUGAACUUGUCGACCGAGUCCGUGAUCUGUAUCACAAAAGGGUAGCAGAUGUCCGAUUCCUCAUACCAGUGCUCAAUGGUCUCUCUAAGAAAGAAGUUAUUGCAGCUUUACCAAGAUUAAUCAAGCUCAAUCCUAAUGUUGUGAAAGAAGUGUUCAAUCGGUUAUUAGGCGGGCAUGGGGAUUCCAGUGUUGGAUAUGCCAGCCCUCUCAACCCAGCGGAGUUGCUGGUUGCCCUUCACAAUAUUGAUCCUCUCAAAUGUGACAUGAAAACUAUCAUCAAAGCAACUAACUUGUGCUUUGCUGAGAAGACAGUCUACACGCAGGAGGUUCUAGCUGUGGUCAUGCAGCAGUUGAUGGAGCAGAAUCCACUGCCAGUUUUACUCAUGAGAACUGUCAUUCAAGCCUUGGCCAUGUACCCAAGACUUGUUGGAUUCACAAUGAAUAUUUUACAAAGACUAAUAAUAAAAGAGGUUUGGACUCAAAAGAAGGUGUGGGAAGGUUUUAUCAAGUGUUGUCAGCGAACACGGCCACAAUCCUUUGUGGUUCUUCUUCAGUUGCCUGCAGCCCAACUGAGCAACGUGUUUGAGACGUGCCCCGAGAUGAAGGAGCCCCUCCAUCAGCAUGUACUCUCAUUGGCACCUAAUCAACGUGCUCAUCUGCCUAGGCCUGUCCUGGCUGUUUUAGAAAAUCGAAACAUGGAGGAAAUGGAGAUCAGACAAGAGGCUGAAAUCGAGAAUAUACAACCAAGAGAUCUCAAUUCUGAGGCAACACGUUUUGUGGUACACCAGCCGAAACUUUCCAUUCCUUCAACUCCUCCAAUAUCGACCAUCACUCAUCCAUCGAUGCCCAAAAUGGAAGUCCAAGAUCACUUAAGAGCACCUACUGGUCAAAGUCCAGUUGCACGCCAACAGGUUUCAACAAUAUCAACCAUUGGUCAACCGAGUCCUGAUUUGCAAAAUGUCACAACAAUUCAGACUGUUCAAACAAUCCAACCCGUUCCUCAGGCUGUUCAUCAGCCAACUGUUCAAAUGGAAGAACCUAUAGAAAUCGAUGAGAAGGUGCCUGAACCAGUACCAGUGCCAGUGGAGCCAGAGAAAGUGUCAGCGCAACAUAAUCUAGCUGUGAGAACCAUCCAGCAAGUCCCUGGACCCAAGAGGUCUGUACCCAUGGCUAAACCAAUCCAGUCGCUAUCUGGACGGGCGUCGCAGUCCAGCUCCCCAAUGAGAUCGGGUUCUGAGUCUGAAUCGCCAGCCCCCCUGAUUAUCCCCGAUUCGCCGAAACCAGAUGAAUCAGCUGUGAAAGAAACAGCGAUGGAGGUAGCGGAGCCUGAAAAAGGUUCAGUCGAUGAAAAGGAAGUAGAAAUUAUUGAGGAGAUGGAAACCACAGAAAAGGAAGUUGAACCCGAACCAAAGAAACGUGGCCGAAAGAAGGCCUCGGCAACGCCAACGUCCGCUAGGAGUACAAGAAGUACCAGAAGUUCCAAGAAAUAAGGAAGAUGCAAUUGGCUAUCAAUUAGCAUUCGCUCGCACAAGAUAUAUUCCAGUCAUCUAUUUAUGGCUGUACUACAUAUAAACCAGGCCUAUGUCGCUAUAAGGCCCAGCAAACAAACAAAUGUUGUUGGUGUGACCAGCAACAAAAAUUGUUAGUUUGCGGUGGCUAUCACAGGUGCCUGCGAAAAGAAGCCUCGAUCGCACUGGCCUGCGAGUAGUAUCAAUGCCAGCUUUUAUUUGUUGGACCUGCAGACAAGAGAUCCUCUUGUCCCAUGUAGCGGCGAUUGUAAAUGCGGCGACAAGAAAUACUUGUUUGCUGUCUUUUCUUCCUUUCUUGAUCCCCAGAGCUAUUAAAGAACUUCCUUAUAAAGUGGUGAAUGCAACUGCAUGUUCAUUUUCACAUCUACAUGUCUGUACAUGUAGACCCUUGUGAAGGGCAUUGGUUCGAACAGAUGAUCAAGUUAGAGUGCUUGGUGAAACAAUCGCAGUGGAAAUUCUUAAGUCCUUAUCAAAUUAUGGUGUGAUUUGUUAGUGUUUUCUUCUGUACAUUUUGUUUUGUGUCAGUUUUUCUUCUGGUCUUUUGUGCUAGUUGACAUAAGGCUGAGUUUACAGAGAUAUCAUGUUAUAGGUCAAGUCUCGUAUUUCAUUUAUGAACAGCAAUUUUCAAAAGGACACAUGAAAUCAACGUAGACACAACUUUGAAAAUAACUUUCUUAGUUCAGACAGAACCCCUGACUUUCAUGUAAACCCAGGCUUGAAUAAUGAAAAAUAAGAGAACAUGUAAACCUAUGUUUUACGUUCUACGAGCACUAUCUGUCUUCACACUGACGUUAGGGUGUUAUAUGUAAAAGGUGAUUGGAUAAAUAAAUUGUGCAAUGCAUGAAUUUUUCCAGCUGCUUCGUCUGAAGUGAGAUUUCAGACAUCUUUACUAAAUCAAGACCAAAUCUUGGGUAAUGACUUUGUCACAACCUAACUUAAGUUGGUGAUAUAUUGUCUCUUCUUCUAUUUGAGGAACCAAUGAUUUGGUGAGCUUUUAUUGUGUAUGGUCCCAAUGUUGCUGGAUGUAUGUGUAUGUGGUAAAGGUUUGGGAGCUUUUUCUUUAUUAUGUAUGUCACGACCUGUGUGGAAGCUAAUACAAAAACAAAAGGUCUCGGAGUUUCUAAAUGUGACCAUUUUCGUUCAGUGCGAGUUUAAAGAAAGAAAUCAAUCAUGAAGAACGAAUGUUAUGUGCUCAUAGCAAAUUUUCCAAGACAAGUGAAGGGUUGUCACAGCUGUACACAUCAAAAACUGUUAUGUUCAGUUUAUAUCUAGGACACAACACCUGCAGUGUUGCUAUUGAUGCUGCAGCAUAUUUUGUAAAUCUUCAUGGUUGUAAUGAACUCUACAUGGAAUAAAUGGAAUAUUGUUUA